AUGCGCUGCCUCCACGUGCUUGCGGCGCUGCUGCCGGCCGCGGCCGCCAAGACGAUCCUACACAUCUCCGACAUCCACCUCAACAUCACGCUCAAUGAGCUCAACUACGGCCACGACUCGAGUCCGCGGCUGCUCGAGUCGGCACUCGCGUACGCGCAGAGCGUCUUACCCAACCCCGACCUCUUCUUGCACACGGGCGACUCGGUCGCGCACACCAAGCACAACGAGUCGGUCUUGCUGCAGAGCGUGCGCCAGAACGUGCAGGCCAUGGAGCGCUACUUCCACGCGCGCAACGCCACCGCCAUCGUGGGCAACGCCGACUGCGUCAAGGACUAUCUCAUGAACGUCACGGACCCGGCGAGCGGCACGAACCCGACGAUCGGCAUGAUCGACGCGGCGUGGCGGCCGUCGCUGACGCCGGCGCAGUUCCAAGCCUUCGACACCCGUGGCUACCUCUGGUACCAGCUCGAGACGAACCUCAUUCUCGUGACGCUCAACACAGUUCCGUACUCGGUCCGCCACGCACCCAAGACGACCGACAUACCUGAUCCGUUUGGCCAGUUCGCAUGGCUUCACCACGUCUUAUCGGAAGCCAAAGCGAACGGCUCGUACGUGUACAUUGCGGGACACAUCCCGCCGAUCAUCGACUCGUAUGCGGGCAAGCAGCAGUGGGAGGUGCAGUACAUUGUGCAGUACCAAGCGAUCGUGCAGCAGUUCCCCGACAUCAUCAAGGCGCAGCUGUUUGGCCACGUCCACAACAUAGAGUACCGCGUCCCGAUCCCGACGCUAGAUGGCGCCGAAGGCGUGCCCCUCUUCGCGACGGGGGCGGUCUCGCCGUACUUUGGCAACAACCCGUCGUUUACGGUGUGGGAGUACGACAAUGGGACUUACGACCUGCUGGACUUUACGGUGUACGCGACCAACUUUACGGACACGCUCGUCGACUCGAAGAUUGUCGGAUGGAAAAAGGUCUUUACGGCGUCGACGGCCUACAACAUCACGGACCUCUCAAGCACGACGCUGCGCAGUCUCACGCAGCGCAUGAAGAACGACUCGGCUCUGCUUUACGAGUACUACCGCCACACCAAGGCCGACUCGAAGCGCCUCCCGCCGUGCACCAACGACGACGACUCUGCGUGCUUGGACGGUAUUCUCUGCACGCAGACGUGGUUCACGACGCCCGACCAGUACCUCGAGUGCGUCGACGAGCGCAUCGAGGAGCGGGGCGGCCGCCGCCGGCUCAUCCACGCGAUCCCCCGCAUCAGCUGGUUCUACGCUCUCCUCAUCUCGGCGGUCGUCUCGGUCUUGGUGAGCCAGCUCCUCGUGUGGCUCCACCACCGCCUCAAGCGCACCAACUACGUCUCGAUCCGCGACCCCGUGCACGUCGAGCCGUAA